CGUACUCCUACACCUACUGCACAAGUAUCUUAUGUCGUAAGACCCACCAGCUAACUAACUAAAAGGCUGCCUCAUGAGCAAAUAUUCUUGGCUCUCACCCCGAGAAAACGUCUAACAUUCAUUUGCAUCUACAUUUAACACCGACGCAGGUUGAGCUUUUACACCCCAACAAACAGUCAAAGUUGUAAAGUGAAGACAUAUUUAACCAAGUGUGCAAAACUUGAUCUCUGCAUAAACGGGCUUUUAAUAAUUUGGUGAAUAGUUUCCGUUAUUAGUUAAAAAUUGUUCGUACGGAGAAACUCUAUGUGAAUUUGGAGAGAGAGAAAGUGAAAAGUUUUUGUGAUUUUACUUUAAACAACGAAACAAAGAAAGCAUCUAAUUUCUAUUUUAUAGCUGUUCUCAAGGGCUUCGUCGAUUACUAAACUUGGGAAUUUCACAUUUGCCAAUUUUGAUUUUUAUUUAACGAGGAAGCUGAUUGAUUUCACUAAUUAAGAAAGUAAACACAAUGGAGAUUGGAGUCUGUAUUGUGCGCGAUAAUCCAGCGUAACGUUGAUAAAGGCGUUCUUCGCCAUCCCUCAUUAAACGUUGAGGAUUUAUUUCGCCUCUCCAAAUUGAGAAUGAGACUUGAAUUUUUCACAUCGAACCUAUUUUUCCUCCUGUUCUCAGUCCUCAUUGAUCUCGUCCACCCGCAGCAGUUAAGGUACAACAAGGGUUUGUCCAAGGAUGUCACCAAUCUGCUGGACAGCCUGUUGAGAGAGGACAAGUAUGACAAGAGAUUUCGUCCGCAUUUCGGAGGUCCCGCAGUAAAGAUUGAGGUGAACAUGUACAUCAAAAGUAUGGGGCCUGUGUCAGAAACGGACGAGACGUACUCGAUGGACUGUUAUUUUCGCCAAAUCUGGGUGGACAACCGGCUCAAAUUCAACAGAUCUCAGGGAGGACUAAAAGAGUUUUCUAUGAACUGGCUUUUUCUGGAGAGGGUCUGGAAGCCGGACACGUAUUUUGUAAACGGGAAACGUUCCUACCUUCACAGCAUCACGGUGCCAAACAAGUUUCUGAGAUUGAGGGAUGAUGGAAAGUUGACUUAUUCCAUGAGAUUAACAGUGAAAGCAAAAUGUCCAAUGCAUCUUCGGAAGUUCCCACUGGAUUCGCAAUCAUGCCCGCUCGAGAUUGGAAGUUACGGCUACGGGGAUCUUGAUGUCUUAUACGCUUGGGCCCCUGGAAAAUCUCCCCCUGUCCAAACUGAGGCAGGAGUGAACCUGGCUCAGUACGAUUUAGUCGAUAUUACGACCAAGGAGGAAAUUCGGAUGUCUUCAAGAAGAGACAAUUUUUCCGUCGUGACGGUCCAUUUCAAUCUGAAGCGUCACACGGGUUACUUCAUGCUGCAAGUCUACGUUCCCUGUACUCUGAUCGUGAGUUGCUCCUGGGUCAGUUUCUGGAUUGAUCCUCAAGCCGUUCCUGCCAGGGUUUCUUUGGGUGUAACGACCGUGCUGAGCAUGACGACUUUGGGGUUUGGUGGAAGAUCACAAAUGCCACGGACAUCUUAUGCAACUGCGUUGGAUUGGUUUGUAAUUCUCUGCUUUGCCUUCGUGUUCGCCUCUAUGGUGGAGUAUGCAGCGAUCAAUUUUAUGGACAAAAUGAUGAAGGACAUUGCAGCUAAAGCGAAGACUAAAAAGAAAUUAAACAGGCAAGAGUCUGAAACCUUAGUUUCUUGGGUUGAAAGGUUAUACCAUGGAUUAUUAGAAUGGUUCGAAUCACAAUUGAAAGAUCCAUGGAAUUUACAAAAGAAGCCUGGAAGUAAAUUCUCAACAGUUGACAUAUACUCCAGGAAAAUAUUUCCGCUCUCCUUUGCAAUUAUAAACACAAUUUACUGGACAAGUUUUAUGUACUAUGUAGGAGACGAGGAUGACAGUGAACCGGCAAGUGUUCACCACUGAUAAUACAAAAAUUUUUAAAUUGUAGAAAAGGCAUAAUAGUAACGUAAA